GGUCAAAGUCAGAGUGGUGGACAUGGUCCUGGAGGGGGCAAGAAGGAUGACAAGGAUAAGAAGAAGAAAUAUGAACCUCCAGUUCCAACCAGAGUGGGAAAGAAGAAGAAGAAAACAAAGGGACCAGAUGCUGCCAGCAAACUGCCCCUGGUGACUCCUCACACACAGUGCAGGCUGAAAUUGUUGAAAUUGGAGAGAAUUAAAGAUUACCUCUUAAUGGAGGAAGAAUUUAUCAGAAAUCAAGAACAGAUGAAACCUUUGGAAGAAAAACAAGAGGAAGAAAGAUCAAAGGUGGAUGAUCUGAGGGGAACACCGAUGUCAGUGGGUACCUUGGAGGAGAUCAUUGAUGACAACCAUGCUAUCGUGUCCACGUCAGUAGGGUCGGAACACUAUGUCAGUAUUCUGUCUUUUGUGGACAAGGACCUGCUGGAGCCAGGCUGCUCUGUAUUGCUAAAUCAUAAGGUUCAUGCUGUGAUAGGAGUCCUGAUGGAUGACACAGACCCUUUAGUUACUGUGAUGAAAGUGGAGAAAGCUCCUCAAGAAACAUACGCUGACAUUGGUGGCCUUGACAACCAGAUUCAAGAAAUCAAGGAAUCUGUGGAGCUUCCUCUCACCCAUCCUGAAUACUAUGAAGAGAUGGGUAUAAAGCCACCCAAAGGGGUCAUUCUGUAUGGCCCACCUGGCACAGGUAAAACUUUACUAGCCAAAGCCGUGGCAAACCAGACGUCGGCAACCUUCCUGAGAGUGGUGGGGUCAGAACUCAUCCAGAAGUACCUGGGGGACGGCCCGAAGCUGGUGCGCGAGCUGUUCCGCGUGGCCGAGGAGCACGCGCCCUCCAUCGUCUUCAUCGACGAGAUCGACGCCAUCGGCACCAAGAGGUACGACUCAAAUUCUGGUGGCGAGAGGGAGAUCCAGCGUACGAUGCUGGAGCUGCUGAACGCUGGUGAAAAGAAUGCCAGUUUCUGGUUUGUCUUUAUUCACCAUGCUGUCUGUGUUGGUGUGCCUGGACGUAUCGAUAGGAAAAUAGAGUUCCCUCUACCUGAUGAAAAGACCAAGAAAAGAAUAUUUCAGAUUCACACAAGCAGAAUGACAUUGGCAGAUGAUGUGACUCUGGAUGAGCUCAUUAUGGCAAAAGAUGAUCUCAGUGGGGCAGAUAUUAAGGCAAUUUGUACAGAAGCUGGACUGAUGGCACUGAGGGAACGGCGCAUGAAAGUAACAAAUGAAGACUUCAAAAAGUCUAAAGAGAACGUUCUCUAUAAGAAGCAGGAGGGAACCCCUGAGGGACUGUAUCUUUAA